UGGUAUCACUACUCAGCACUCACCAUCAUCUACCUAUCCAAUGCUCCUCCUUCAUCAGAGCCUGGCGCGCUCACAAAUAGCAUUUGGAACACACAAGGAUGGACCAUUCAGGAGUUCCUUGCUCCUAAAAUUGUUCUCUUCUACCAAGUAGAUUGGACCCUAUAUCUUAACGACCGCUCACACAACCACAAGCAGUCUGUCAGUAUCAUGAGGGAGUUGGAGGAUUCAAAUGGCAUAAAUGCAUGGGCACUUAUUGACUUCCAUCCAGGGACAAGAGAUGCCCAAGAGAAACUGUGGUGGGUGUCAAACCAUGAUACCACAAGGGAGGAAGACAUUGCAUAUUCGCUGUUUGGGAUCUUUGGCAUCCAUCUUCCUAUAAGCUAUGGAGAAAAAAGACAGAACACACUUGGGUGA